AUGCGAUGCGCGAGCAAGGCCGCCGAGAGCGCGUCUGCACGUCUCUGUGCGGACGCCGAAGCAGAAACUACAGCAACUGAUGUCCCAUCGGUUGCUGAAUCGACUCAGCCUGUAUCACCUGGUGAUGCAGGCGCUGGUCAUGAAGACACUCGUGUCUUCACAGAGUACGAGCUCGGUGUCUCGUACUCUCCUGAUACGGAUGACGGAUCCGUAUCGACGGCAAUUGAAUCCAAGCCGCCUGCCAAGCGUGGCAUGGACGAUGCUUUGCGUCGCAGCAUCUUUGGUUCAUCUGAUGAGUCAGAUGAACCAUCGCCGAAGCGAAGGCGCUCGAGGUCGCGAGACUCGGGCGCUAAUAGUGGUGUCGUUUCUCCAAUGGACACCACUUCACAGCGAGGUGCCAGUACUUCUGUCGGCACGUCGCAGGAAGAGCGGGACCGCAAUGUGUUGCGUCUCGCUCCAGAAAAGAAGGCAUGGAUGCCUCCUAAAUCUGUCAUGGAUCACUUGUCGGCGACGACGAGUGAUCGUUAUCGAGACACGAUUGUUCGAUUCGUCGAGGAUUCAUCACCUUGA